GUGUGCAGUCCAAUAGUUGGUCUGUUCAUGUCCCAUCUGAUGUUACUGGUGAACUCGGGAAGAUGGUUAUCCUGCCCUGCACUUUCACACACCCCUACAAAACAUUUGACCGGACCCUCACUGCCAUUUGGAGGAUCAAGGAGCCUUACAAUGGCACGGUGGUUUUCAAGUGCAUUAGCCAGAGCACCAGCGAGCUCUGCAAGACUGCUGUCAGCCACAAAAACAAAUACAAACUGCUUGGCAACCCCCGGCAGAAGGACCUUUCCAUCAGGAUUGACAAUCUGACCUGGAGCGACAGCGAGAGAUACUUCUGCCGGGUGGAGCUGUCUGGAGCUGCUCCCAGGAUCAUCAACAUCAGCGUCAGCUCCAACGGGGAUGGCACCUUCCAGGCCCGCUGCACUGCCGAGGGGGAGCCAGUGCCCACGCUGACCUGGACCGGGCCCCCCGUCAGCAACCUCACCUCCACCACAAGCACCAACCACCGCGUCACCAAGGAGCUGCGGUUCCUGACCCACGACGGGAAGUACACCUGCACUGCGGCCAACAGCCACGGGAGAGCAGAGGGAGCGGUGUACUUCUACAAGUUCAAAGCAUCCAACAGCUUCUUCUUCCUCAUCCUCAUCUUCGCACCACUGGGAAUUAAGGUGGUUGUUUUCUUGGUGAUACUGGGCUUCCUCGCCUUCUCCAGAGGAGGUCCCUCCUCCGCCCCAUCCAGCCUGGCUCGGCCACAGCCGCAAGACUCCACCUACGAGAACUUUGACCGCAGGCACAGGGACCAGACUUUGCCGACAGAAAGAGCAUCAAGACGCAGCUGA